AUGAGCGGUAUCAUGGCUACAGCCAUCUUGCCAGUAAAAAAUGAGACGGAAGCUUCAAUGAACAGGAUUACAAAAGAUGGCAGGGAGCUUACAUAUGAAAUCAAAGUCAUUCAACAGCCGGAAAGGGCCAGAGCAUGUGGAUCUGGGGCAAAAUCCUCUGCGGAUCGUCGCCCUGUGGAUCCGCCGCCCGUUGUAGAGCUCAAGAUCUUCGAGGGCGAGCGCGACAACAGAACCGACGUUACCUUCUCACACAAUGCCAACUUCUUCCUGUUCACGACAUUGGAGAAUGCUCGGCCGAUUGCCAAGGGCAGGUUGCCGGUAGCACCGCCAACCUUCCCUGUCCUGACAGGAUCCCCUGUGGCUGGUAUGGCAUAUCUUGAUCGCCCGAAUCCAGCAGGAUACUUCAUCUUCCCAGAUCUGUCUGUGCGCCAUGAAGGGUUGUACCGAUUGAGCUUCAGUCUGUUUGAGGAGCUCAAGGAAGACAAGGACGCAGAUGUUGAACCACCGGGGGGUAGUCCAAAAUCAAAAGACAAACUCCUGAGUAGCAAUCCCAUGGCGCCACGUGCGCAUGUACACUUCCGCCUGGAGGUCAAGUCAAUACCCUUCGCGGUAUACAGCGCAAAGAAGUUCCCUGGGCUGUCAGAGAGCACGCCGCUUAGCCGUACCGUUGCUGAGCAGGGCUGCCGAGUCCGCAUCCGCCGCGAUGUGCGCAUGAGACGCCGAGACAAAACCAACGACGGCUACCAGGAGUAUGAAGACGACACCUCAUAUACACAAUCCGAGCAUUACCAGACAUCACAUCAAGCGCCAGAUCGACCGCGCUCGAUUAGCAAUGGAAGCAUGGAUCCGCAGACACCUUACAGUACUGGUCGUCGGCCAUCGGUGCAAGACCAGGUAGGAGGAGGAUACUUUCCACCAUCGCCUUACACCCAUUCCAAUUAUCAGCAACCGCCUCCACCUCCAGCUCCAGCUCAAGCUCAGUCUGCCACUUCCUACACCUCCCACUUGAACUUUGGUGGAUCCACGACUCCUCAAUACGCAACUCCAGCUUUCCCACUGACACAACAACCGCCCGCGCCGCAGCCUUAUAUUCAGCAUAGUCCCAACUAUCAGUAUCCGACCAGCUAUCACGCUCGCCAAAUGUCAGCUCCCCAGAAUUACAACUAUCAUCCACCACCACCACCUCAGCAGCUCCCAUCGUAUGCCCAGUCUCCUGUCUAUUCUGACAGUACAGACUACCGUCCGGCAACAGAUAACAGGAGAGCGUCCGCAGGGAUGCCCCUCAACCAUCAGUCAUUGCCUCCGAACACAAUGAAUACAUAUGUCAAUAAUCAUCCUGCGUUACAGCAAGCGUACUGCGCUCAGCAACAGCAGCCUGCGUCUAGAACUACCACUCCCAUCAAUACCAUGAAUGGGUAUGGACAACCGCCGACAUCACUACCUCCCCUCAAGAUGGACCAUACCUAUCAACAGGGAGCAGUAGAGCCAAAGUACGAGCCCCAGUCACCACUUAACAGUAUUCAAAGACAAGUCAUGCCUUCUUCCGCUUCGUCUACGUAUUCCUCUUACGCCAUAGACCAACCACCAAGCGCCGAUCCGAUGUCAGCACGCUCGGGAAAACGAGGCUACGGCAAAGUGUUUAGCGAAACCCAUAUGGAUCAGCCACUGCACUCUGGCAUGCGCCCUAGUAGUACUGACCAAGGUCGAGACCGCGAGCAAAUUGAGACAGACACUGGCGAACUAGAGGAUAUAUACAGUGAAAUAGCCAUGAUGAGGUCUCGAAAUCUUCUGGUCUACAAACGCGCGGAUGGUUCGCAUCAAACGAAGAAGUGCCCAAGCCCAAUCGAUCCAUCUGGGCGUCGUCAUUAUCGCUAA